AUGGCCAAGCUCAGCUGGCUUCUGACCUCUAGUCUCUCUUUUGCAUGUCUUACCACAGCACUUCCUGCUGGCUCUCUUUUGAAAUCUCAAUCAUCUACUGAUUUUAGUACUUUCGAUGUCGAACAAUGGGUCCCUUCGUUGGACUAUGUUCCUAACAAACCAGGAAUUCCCUUUCUAAUUCAAAAUAAGACCGCGCGGCCUUGGGACCCGGUACCUCCCCCCUCGCUCGGUGGAAAUAUCACCCACCACCAGAAGCGAGCAAACUGCGGGGGUCCAACCCCAGACAGCCCCAGCAAGUUCUGGUACGAGACUAUCGCCCACAACGGCGAGUCCUCCUUCCUCGACUCUUCCUACAAGGCCAACUAUAAGGUCUUCCGGAACGUAGUCACCGAUUAUGGCGCCGAUAAUACCGGCGCCACUGAUGCUUCUACCGCGAUUCAAAAUGCCAUCAAAGCCGGAGCCUCCAACGGUCCUGAUCGGAGCAGCGGCUCCAUGGGUACAACCGGCCAGCCCGCCGUCGUUUACCUGCCGGCCGGCACGUACAGGCUAGACAAUAGCCUCCAACUCUACGUCGGCACAGUGAUAGUUGGAGACGCUCUGAACCCGCCAAUUCUCAAGGCCAGCGCAAACUUCCCUAAUGAUCACAUUAUUUACGGGAAGGACCCCAAGCUGGGUGGGACGAUUAACUUUUACAUCGGAUUCAAGAAUGUUAUCAUUGACUCGACGAGUGUUUCAACCUCUACUUCGAUUACCCUUCUGGAUUGGACUGUCUCUCAGGCGACACAGCUGACCAACGUGGUGUUCAAGAUGCCGAACAACUCAAAACACGUGGGUGUGACGAGUCAGUACGAUUCAAAUAGUAAUAUUAUUCUUAACGACCUGACCUUCUACGGCGGCGCCAUUGCCAUGCAGCUCAGCGGCCAGCAAUGGAUUCUGAAGGGGAUCAACAUCAACGGCGCAAACGUCGGCAUCAAAGCCGGUGGGUUCGAGCUUGUGUGUCUAGACUGCACCCUCCAGAACGGCGCAACUGGUAUUGAUGCGAGCGGAAUCUCCGGCUCCCUGACCGUCAUUGACUCCAGCGGUAGCUACCUGGGGAACAUGAUCAUCUCCUCCAAUGCCGGCGGCAGCGCCAAGAAUUCCAUCAUCCUCGACAAGGUGGACUGCACAAACAGCGGCAGCACUGUUUCCCUCAAUGGCAAGGCCGUCCUGACAGGUUCCGUGACCAACACCUGGGUGCACGGAAACCUGUACUCUGGCGGCGCGACCUCACCGGCCUACGAACAGGGGCUGGACGUCACUACCGCCCGCACAAGGGUUCUCCUUGACUCCAACGGGAAAUACUUCACCAUGGCUCCGCCAACCUACUCUCAGUACUCUUCUAACCAGGUCAUCAACAUUAAGAGCGUCUCCGGACUUCCCGUGCUAGGUGAUGGCGCGACCGACGAUACCGCAAAUAUCAAUGCCAUCCUUGCCCAGUACGCCGGCUGCAAGAUCAUUUACUUCCCCGCGGGAACUUACAUCGUCACCGACACUAUCCUCGUCCCCUCCGGUUCUAUCAUCAUCGGCGACGCCUUCGCCUCGGCAAUCAGCGCCACUGGCUCCAACUUCUACAACCCCAACUCGCCCACAACCAUGGUGAAAGUCGGCAACGCGGGCGACGUCGGAACGGCGCAGAUCUCCGAUAUGCUCUUCACGGUCGCGGACGUGCUGCAGGGGUGCAAGCUGCUGGAGGUGAACAUCGCGGGAUCGUCGCCAGGAGCCGUGGGGCUGUGGAACACGCACUUCCGGAUCGGCGGCGCAGCAGGCAGCAAAGUGCAGACCAACUGCUACGGGAACCCGGACAUCUGCAAGGCUGCAUGGGGCCUGCUCCAUCUCACCAAGACAUCCUCGGCCUACAUCGAGAACAUGUGGGGAUGGACGGCUGACCACAACCUCGACGGCAACCUGGAGUCCACCACCGUGUCGACCGGCCGCGGCAUGCUCAUCGAGUCCACGGCAGGCACCUGGUUAGUGGGCACCGCCAUGGAACACAACACCCUCUACCAAUACAACUUUGAGUACGCGUCCAACGUCUUCAGCGCCUUCCAGCAGAGCGAGACGCCCUACUGGCAGGGCUGGGGGGCGCCCAGCUCCGGCAUCGCGCCCGCGCCCUGGGCCGAUAACCUCAUCGCUAGUGACCCCUCGUUUAGUAACUGUGCUGCUGAUGAUGCCGGGUGCCGCAUGGCGUUCUUCGAGCGCAUUCGCGGUUCGAGUGACCUAUUCCUGUACGGCGGGUGUGUGUGGGCGUUUUUCAACCAUGGCGGAAGUUGUACGGGCGAUUGUCAGGCCAAUGCUGUGCGCAUCCUCUCGAGCGAAGGGAGUGUGUAUCUAUACGGGACGAACGUGAAGGCGAUUAGCAAUGUUGUGGUGGAGAACACGGUUGUUGCGGCGAGUGAGAGUGCGAACUCCGGGGGUUGGGGUGGCGUUGUUGCCGCCUAUCUGCAUAAUGCCAAUGGGGCGACCUCUGGGGGUGGCAGCAGCAGUGGCAGCAGCAGUGGCAGUGGCAGUGGCAGCGGCAGUGGUAGUUCGAACGGGCUUGCGGUUACAGGUAACGGGCUCAAUUGGUAUAGCUCGUCCUUGACCGCCGGGGCAGCAGCCUACGAAGACCCGGAGUACUACUACUGCUUUGGCGGACCGGCGGCAAAUUUCCCUCCCUUUGCCAACUGGAUGGGCUUCACGGAGAUGUUUGACUUGAACCAGCAGACCUCCAUGGCCUUGGUCGAGUCGGGUCCGAUCCAAGGCGAUAUCUGGAAUGCUAUCGUGGCGGUCUCGGCAGACGCAAAGGUCGAUCCGAGGUUGAUUCUGGCGGUGGUCAUGCAGGAGUCCAGCGGCAACGUCUACGUCGGCUGCACCAACAACGGGGUGCAAAACUGCGGGCUGAUGCAAGCCUACAGCGGCUCCGUCUCCUUCGACGCCAACGACCCCGAGGGCAGCAUCCACCAGAUGAUCGUCGACGGCACGCAGGGCACAGCUGCGGGUGGCGGUCUCGUGCAGUGGUUCAACAACGAUAAUGUCGGCGUUGAUGCGGGCGGGAACCCGUAUAAUGUGUUGCGUGGCUAUAACUCGGGGAGCAUCAACUUCAAUGAUCUGGAUGAUCCGCAGGAUGCCACCGCGUCCUAUGUCAGUGAUAUUGCGAACCGGUUGCAGGUGAGUUUCUCUUUUUCUUGGUUAGGAAUGUGA